GCCCAUCUAGCCGUUAGGCUCUGCAUCCUUGCGGUAGACCAAGGACGAGGAGCAGGGCGCGGCUCUUCUCAGGUGCCACGGUGCCCCUCUUCCACCAGGACCGUUCAGAAUGCUCCCCAGGUCUAUAUUUUUGAUGAUUUUACUCAUUUCUCAGGUCAAAGUGAUCCUUGGAGCAGAUCUGUACCAACUGGUCCAUGUGAAACGGCUUUCUCUGAUGCAGAAGCGAGACCUUGACUAUGCCCAUGAUCACCAUGACGUGCCGGAAGCCUAUGAAGAAGAACUGUUGUAUGAAAUAAAACUCAAUAGAAAAACCUUAAUCCUCCACCUUCUAAGAUCAAGGGAGUUCCUGUCCUCAAAUUACAGUGAGACCUUCUACACCUUGAAAAAAAAAAUGCUCGUCCAUCAUCCUCUAAUCACGGAGCACUGCUUUUACCAAGGAUCCAUUAUACAUGAAUUUGAUUCUGCAGCCAGCAUCAGCACGUGUAAAGGUCUAAGGGGAUUCUUCAGGGUUCGUGAUCAAAGGUACCUCAUUGAACCAGUGAAAUACUCAGAUGAGGGGGAGCAUUUGGUGUUCAAAUACAAUGCCAAGGGGCCGUAUGCUACCAAUUUUACUUGUGCGGAGCUCAAUUUUACCAAGAACGCUGCUCCAACGGACGCCUCACACAAGGGAAACUACAAGAUGGAAAGCGUCCAUGAACAAAAGUAUAUGGAGCUGUUCGUUGUGGCUGAUGAUUUCGUGUAUCGUAGGAAUGGUCAACCUCACUAUAAACUAAGGAACCGAAUUUGGGGCAUGGUCAAUUUUGUCAACAUGAUUUAUAAAACCUUGAAUAUUCAUGUAACGUUGGCUGGCAUUGAAAUGUGGACAGCUGGAGACAAAAUAGAAAUAGAUUCAAACAUUGAAACUACCUUAACGCGUUUUUCCGUUUGGCAAGAAACAAUCCUUAGAAAAAGGGAGAAUUUUGAUCAUGUUCUGUUACUAAGUGGGAAGUGGCUGUAUGCACACGAGCAAGGAAUUUCUUAUCCAGAGGGCAUGUGCCAGCCCUACUAUUCCUGCAGUAUCGUGAAGGAUCUCUUACCUGACAUAAACACAAUUGCCAGCAGAAUAGCCCAUCAGUUGGGGCAUAACCUUGGCUUGCAACAUGAUGAGUUCCCGUGCACCUGUUCCUUGGGAAAAUGUGUGAUGGAUACUAGUGGAAGCAUUCCUGCACUAAAAUUCAGUAAAUGCAACCAGAACGAGUAUCAGCAAUUCCUGAAGGAUCAUAACCCAACGUGCAUGCUCAAUAUUCCAUUUCCUGGCCCGUCAAAUGAUUUUCCAGCUUGUGGAAACAAGAAGGUGGAUGAGGGAGAAGAGUGUGAUUGUGGCCCUUUUGAGGAGUGCACUAAUCCUUGCUGUGACGCACACAAGUGUACACUGAAGUCAGGAUUCACGUGUUCAGAAGGACCCUGCUGUGAAUCCUGUCAGCUAAAAAAGGCGGGGUCCACAUGCAGACCGGCAAAAGAUGAAUGUGAUUACCCAGAAGUAUGUACUGGCCACUCACCCGAGUGUCCGAAGGACCAAUUCCAAGUCAAUGGUUUUCCUUGCAAGAAUUCCGAAGGCUACUGCUUCAUGGGGGAAUGUCCCACUCGCAACAAUCAGUGCUUGGAAUUGUUCAGUGAUGGAGCAAAAGAGAGCCACAGUAUCUGCUACAAGAUGAAUAAGAAAGGAAAUAAAUUUGGUUAUUGCAAAAGCAAGGACAACACAUUUGUUCCCUGUAAAGAGAAAGAUGUCAGAUGUGGGAAGAUAUACUGUACCGGGGGACAGAAGUCAUCUCUUCUUGGAGAAGACAAGAUCUAUCACAUUAAGGCUGCAAAGCAGAACAUUACUGUCAAAUGUAAAACCAUCUUUCUAUACCACAAUUCUGAGGAUAUUGGCCUGGUGAAUACAGGAACAAAAUGUGGAGAAGGAAUGGUAUGCAGCAACGGAGAAUGUGUGAACACUGAAAAGGCCUACAAUUCAACCAACUGCCCCUCUCAAUGCGAAGAAAAUUCGGUGGAUAGCAAUGAACUUGAGUGCCAGUGUGAGGAAGGACAGAUUCUCACCGACUGGGAAGAAACCUUAAACAUUACCAAUAUCACGAUCAUGGUCAUUGUGCUUGUCCUGGUGAUUAUUGGUGCUGGAAUUGUCAUGUUAUUUAUUCGUUACCAAAAAUGUAUUAAGUCGAAGCAAGUUCAGAGCCCACCUGGAGAUACUCGGGGAGUGGAGAACAAAGGAUACUUCGGUGAUGAGCAGCAGAUGAGGACCGAGUCAGUCUUGCCGGACAUCCACCCCCUGCAUCGGAGAACUGCAGAAACCUUGGAGAGCCUCCCAUCCACUUUCUCAAGUCCCCAUUACAUCACCCUGAAAUCUACAAAUAAAGAUCCCAAAGGAGUUGCAGAUUCCAAUCAAAGUGCCAAAGUGACCUUGAAACUUGACAUCCAGAAUGGCUGUGCCAGCCUGGGCGGAGGAUCCGGAAUCUAAGAUCUUCACCACCAUCGCUCCAUAUUUGUUAAAAGUAUUUCAGUACUUUUUUCAAAUGUUCUUUGUCAACCCAGAAAACGUUUUAAGAGAAUUUCUUUCUGUUAAAAUUUACUCGUAGAAUUCACAACGUACAGCAUAGGCAUAUGCUACAGAAAAAAAAAAUGUCUAUGGCUUUUUGAAUGCUCUUUAGCUUAAUAUGAAAAGGAGAGUCUCUAUGCUCCAGCAUUAGCCUGCAAAAUGUCAGUCUGGUUACUUUUUUAAAAAGCCAAAAUUUGGAGGAUGCUAAAUUACAAUCCUGAGUCUAAGAAGCAAAAUUGCUCAUAAGUGGUUAGUUCUUUGGGGGCAUAAAAGUACUUUAAUUGGAACUGGUGUCCUGACAUCCUUAUCACUAAAUCUGAUCUAAAUGAAACUGUGGCCUGGGGAAAUGCCUAGGAGGGCACAGCAGGGUGGCUGGUUCCAAUAGUUUAUUAAGUGAAGGAGGCAGAAGAAUAGUUACCUUGACUGUAGGAUAAUCCUCAAAAUCACAGGGCUGGCAACCAAGGACACAGAAGGCUCCUGGCAGUUCUAAGUUUGUAGAUGUGCCUUUCUAGAAUUCCUUAAGAGGCUGAUGGACAAAUUGAGAGGAAACAGCAUUUCAGAAAAUGAGCUCCGGCCAGCUGGGAGGACAUGCCCAGACCCCCCGGGAGGGGCCUUCAGGUCCUUGGUAUGACACAGGAGCACCCAGGGUGCAGUUUCUGUACCUGACCUGCAGAUGCCAGUCAGUGUUCCAGGGUGCAUGCCUCGAAUUGGGUUCUCCUCCGUUCUCAACUUUCUCUUUGUGAGCUGUUUGACCUAUGGCAGUUGUUUUGUUCAUUUGCUAAAAUAAAGAUCUCAAGUGCGAAGUGAAA